AUGGCCCAAUUCAAUAGCCCAAUACCCAAACGAGGGAAAUAUACGGCACCCCAUGACACCCGUGGUAUUCACUGUUCAGAGACGUUGGUGAUGAAAUUGAUCCAACGGCGGCUAGAGACGUACGGGAAUGUCGUAGAACUCCCUCCGAUUUUCCGAGAAUGGUCCGGAUCAACGGCCCUCAUGGACUGGCUUGAAUCCCCUAAUUCCCACAUAUUCAAGAUCAAUGUUCCAGGUUUUAGAAAAGAGGACAUAAAAGUGCAGAUAGAAGAAGGAAACAUUUUGCAGAUACAAGGGGAAGGCGGGAAAGAAAGAGAGAAGGCUCAUGCAGCAAAAGACACUGUUUGGCACGUCGCGGAGACGCCGAAGAGGGGGACGGGAAAAGGAGACUUUUCCCGGGAAAUCGCAUUGCCGGAAAAUGUGAAAGUCGAUCAGAUAAAAGCUCAGGUUGAGAAUGGUGUUCUCACCAUUGUUGUCCCAAAAGAUACGACCACCAAACCAUCCAAAGUGCGAAACAUCAAUAUCACUAGCAAGAUCUAAGCAUAUUCAUAUGUAUGUUAUGUCAUAUGGUUCAAAAACAAUGGUUUGAAUGUGUAAUGUAUUGUGCUAUAACCUGUAGCAAUAAAGAUAAUAUGUACUGUCGUUAGUACUAAA